AUGCCCACUGAAACUACAGAAAGGGGUAUAAUUCUAAAGCAUCCUUCUGGAUCCAUUGCCGAAGUACUCUUUUACGGUUCGACCGUUAUUUCGUGGAAAGUACCAAAUGCCUCUGGCGAGCUGGAAGAACGCCUUUUUGUCUCGUCCAAAGCUUCUUUAGAUGGUUCAAAACCUGUCAGAGGAGGGAUACCGAUCGUGUUCCCAUGCUUUGGUCAACCAACUCAUCCAGACCACUUGAAAUUAGCGCAACACGGGUUUGCUCGAAACCAAAUGUGGACCUUCGACGGAGCUGUUAUGGAUAAUCAAGCCGGAGUCUGCGUUAAAUUCGUGCUCGAUCCAAGAGGCAAUGAGGCGCUUUCUGCUAUAUACACAACUCCUUUCAAAUUGGAAUAUGUUGUAACGCUAGCGGCGCAUCAGCUUAGCACUGAUCUUCAUAUUAAAAAUCCUUCCGCAUCCCACACACUCGAAUUCCAGGCCUUGUUGCAUAGCUAUAUCCGGGCCCCAGCUGACGAAGUAACUGUCACACCUUUGAAAGGACUGCAAUAUUAUGAUAAAACAGAAACGACGGAAGAAGCCCGAACGACUCCCAAAGUGGAGAGCAGAGCUGAGGUUGAUGUGAAGAAAUACACAGACGCUGUGUACGAAAAUGCACCAAUGAAAUAUACUGUUUCAUGGCCUAGUGGAGGUGUCGACAUCAAGGCUCAAAACUUUAAGGACGUUGUAAUCUGGAAUCCUCAAGAGGAGGGACGUAAGAUCGGUGACAUGGAAUCUGAUGGAUGGAAAAAUUAUAUCUGUGUAGAACCAGGAUAUGUCAGAGGUUUUGAGAGGCUGGCUCCUCAGAAGACUUGGAUCUACUGUCAACGGUCAAUCUCACAUACCAGAGACCUUCUCGCUUCCGCUGAAAGACAGUUGCGUUACCUACACGACCAGGCUGAUCGCGUUCGCGACCUACAAGAUUGUCUGGCUACUCUGUCUCGCCGCAUUGAUAAUCUGGCUUUUACCACCUCUCUUAGCCCUGCUAUUUUGUCUGGACUUCACGCCCGCCUUGACGAUAUUCUCAGCUCUCCUCUCUUCUCCAGGUCCUCUACCCCAGACAGCUUACCUGACCUUGAACCCUCCGAUUAG